CAGCAGCAGUUUGUGCCUGUAAAUAUUUGUGUUUGUGAAAUGUUAGCAGGGUCUAAAUAACUUAAAACCAGAAAAUCCCUUAAAGUUUAUCAUUAUACAAGCUUACUCUCAUGAAAUUACUCUCAUCCCUACUUAGGACUCCUGCUUCCAUGUUGAAAUCAUCUUGUGUGAUCAUGCACUUCUAGAAAGGGUGUCAAAUAAGAUUAGCAACAUAAAUCUGCUGCUUCAUGAGUUUUACCCUGCUGCCUGGUGAUUUCACAGCUGUUUCUGCAGUUGAUAGCAAUUUCCAUCUCUCUGCUUUCUGCAGAGUUGUCACUGCCCUGAUGCAGAGUUUGCUUUGUCCCUCUUGGAGUUAUGAAUCUUGUUUUUGAAAAUCCAGUAAGAGAAAUAAACAACAGUAAAUAUAGGGAUUUAUGUUUAUUACAGAGAGUUCUUGGACUGUGUAAGUCUGCCUUUUUUUAUUCUGAGUUUUUGGGAUUAUAUUACUUAGGUUUUCUUAUAGUGGAAGAGAUGUAACAGGUUUUUUUAGUGGUGUGUUGUCACAGUCAGUUCACAGCUAGAAAUAGGAAGGUGGAAUGACAAACUCCCAUGUAUUCUGAAUCAUUAUUCAUGCAGGUGCAGUGAGCAAUAGAAAUUAAGUUAAAUAAUACUUUUCUCUGCAGUAAUUCUUGUGCAUUGCCUUUUCCUGCCUGGCUCUUUCUGGGGGACUUGACUGGGUUAUGAUACUCACCACUGCGACGUCACAUCACCAAAGGAAAAUGUUACACCGGGCCAGAAAUGGGUGGCUGCUUCCAAGAAAAGAGGCAGAAGCCACUGGAGAGCCAGAGGGAGAACAUCUCCUGCUUUGGUUAGGAGCAGGAGUCAGCCCACAGCAGAAGUUUUACACUCACGACUUUUAUUCUUAAAAAGCUGAUAAAUAUCCAACAACUUUUCUUGUAGGAAACUUCCAAGCUAGAAUAUUGUCACCUCCAGUUCCUCGUUCCGCAGCAUCUGACGCUUCAAAGCCUCGAGCAGCUUUUUCUGCCUUGAAUUGUCAUACAAGACAUCUUCAGCACUCUUCCUCUGCUUUCUGAGCCAAGGAUCUUUUACCAUGGAUUUCUCCUGGAUCUGUGCAGCACGUGCUCAGCAGAGCCUGCUCUAGCCUAAGAACGGGCCGAGUCAAGACAAUCAAGAUGACAAACGAACCUAUCAAAGAGAUCCUGGGCACCCCAAAGCACCCUGACUCUGCACCCACGGAGAAGAGUAACAACAAUGACUGUGUGAUAACCACCAUCCCUCUGGUCAGUGAGUGCCAGCUGACGGCAGCCACGGGGGGAGCAGAGCUCUCCUGCUACCGCUGCACCGUUCCCUUUGGCGUGGUCAUCCUGAUAGCUGGCAUCGUGGUCACUGCCGUGGCAUACAUCUUCAACUCCCAUGGAUCCAUCAUCUCCGUCUUUGGGCUGGUCCUCUUGUCCUCAGGACUCGUUCUGCUGGCUUCCAGCGCCGUGUGCUGGAAGAUCAGGCAGCACAAGAAGAAAGCAAAGAGGCGGGAGAGCCAGACAGCGCUCGUGGCAAACCAGCGAACCUUGUUCGGUUAGAGGCAGCCAGGAGAAGGAUGGACAGAAAGAAGGCAGAACCUUUGUAAGUCAACUUGACUAUUUAUCAGUAGGAGAGACUGCAGGUUUUAAUUUAACCGUGGAAGCAAACUGAAAUGAGAAUGGAAUGGAUUAAGAAAUACUUGUAGCAACUCCACAAGUGCUCUCAAUAUAUUUCUUACUGCAGACUUGGUAGUGGCUUUUUCCAAGACAGAGGAAAACCCAUUUUUCCUUCACAGAAAACUGCUCACAUAGCUGCAACCAUCCUAACUGUGUUCUCCAACAUGCUGAUCCUGUUGGAAAGGGACUGAGUGGGAACUGAGAAAAUAAUUUGAAUUGACUUGUAAUGCCAGAGGUCUCCUUAAAACACUGACAUUUGACCAAGGGAGAAAUCAUAGCAUCUGAAGUGACUACAAGCUUAUGGCCAGAGUAUCUGGGACUUAAACUGUAGCUCAAAAAAA